AUGGAUACAAAGAUUGAUUAUCAACCAACUAUACAAGAAGAUAAAGUUGUUGAUAUAAAAUAUAAUAUUAGUAGUAGCGAUGAUGGUAAUGUAAUCAAUAUGAGUGGUGGUGGUGGUGGCGGUGAUGUUGGUAAUAGUUGUUGUAUCUCUGAAGAUAAUCAUCAAAAAGGAAUCAUUAGAAAUAGUAGUAGUGGUACAAUUAACAAUAUUUUAGGUACAGAUGAUAAUAAUAAUAAUAAUAAUAAUAAUAAUAGUAAUAACAAAAAUAGCAAUAAUAAUGAUACAACAAACUCUACCAUAACAAAUUCUACUUCAACUAAUUUACCAAUAAAAACAUAUAUUGAAUCACCAAAAUCAAUAUCAUCAGACUCUUCCUCAGUUUCAUCAUCUUUGUAUGAACCAAUUGUAAAAGAAAUAAAUGAAUUUAUAAAUCCGCCAUCCAUAACAUCAUCUCAAACCAUCAUAAACAAUCAAGAAGAAAAAGAUAUUGAAAAUAAAACAAUUGUAAAUAAUAAUAAUAAUAAUAAUAGUUUAAAUGAUAGUAUAAGUAGUAGUAGUAGUAGUAAUAGUAGUAGUAAUAGUAAUAAUGAAGAAUCAAAUACAAUAACAAAAAUUUCACCAACAAUUAGAGCAGUAACAAGAUCAUCACCAUUUUAUAAUUCUAAAGCACCAGAUAUUCGAUCAGAAGUGAAUGGAUUUCCAUUGAAAUUAAAUCAUAUGAAAACCAAAGAAUAUAUAUGGCUUCAAUUAAUUCAAAACUAUACACAUGAUAAUAUUAUCAAUAAUGAAAUUUUAAAAUCAAUUAGAAUUGGUUUACCAAAGAGAAUAAGAGGUUAUAUUUGGAGAUUCUUUUCUGGUGCAAUCGAAUUGGAGAGAAAGAAUAUCGGUGUAUAUCAACAUUUUUUAGGUAAACAUUCUGAAGAGUAUGAAUAUAAAAUCUCCAAAGAUAUAAGUAGAACCUUUCCAAACAAUCCAUACUUUAAUAAUGAACAAGGUCAAAAUUCAUUAUUUAGAAUCUUGAAGGCAUAUAGUAUUAUGGAUCCAGAGAUUGGUUAUACUCAAGGUAUGUCAUUCAUUGCCGCUGUACUCUUGAGUGAAAUGGAUGAAACGGAAUCGUUUUGGACAUUCACAAGUAUUAUGAAAAAUUAUAAAUUAUCAACACUCUUUUGUCAUGAUCUUAGUUUAUUAAGACAAUAUCUCUAUGUAAUCGAUAGAUUAAUUGAAACAUUACUACCAAAAUUAUUUUCACAUUUUAAAGAAAUUGGUGUAACACCAGUAUUAUUUGCAUCAGAAUGGAUAUCAACAUUAUUUACAUACAAUUUUGAUUUACCAAUUAGUAAGAGAUUAUUGGAUGUUUUCUUUAUUGAAGGUAGAUUUUAUCUUCACAGAAUGUCACUUGCAAUACUUAAAAUUUAUGAAAAACAACUUAUCGAAUUUGAAUUUGAAGAUGCUGUAGAGUUUUUGAAAAAGCUUGGGACUCAAAUUGACCCUGACCUUUUAUUAAAAACUUCAGAUUCUUUACCUUUAACAAUGUAA